CACACAGUGGACUUGUGGCUGGCAGGCUGGUCUGGUCUGGGCUGAGCCUUGGAGUGCUCUGGGGCCUGCCCUCCUCUCUCUGCUGCCUGGCCCUGGGCCUGUCCAACCCCAACAGAGGGAAAAAAGCUUGUGCUGCGGCUCCGGAGGAACACUAGGAGUCUGUAUGAGUGCUCGGGUCCGUCCGUCCAGCAGCUCUCCAGGAGCCAGGGGCCUGCUUUAUUUGGAGUGGGGGACGAUCCCGUCACCUAUGUGACAGUUCUAGCUAGAGCUGAAGUGUUUUUUUUUUUAAAUCUGGAGCUUAGCGAAUGGGUGCCGCGCGGCUGAAAGAACAGCCUGUCUAGAACCUGACCCAGACGGCCCGGAGCAGAGAGGAGACGAGCGGCGCUGAGCGGCGCGGCGGGGAGCAGAGCGUUACGUAAGGCAGGACUUGUGUACCAGUCGUCGGCGUCGCCGCGACCAUGGCCCGCAGCUUAAUGGUCAGUGUGGAAAAGCUGCUUGUGCAGAGUAGCAGGUUCCUGUGGGACGUCGCGCUCUGGCUGCUCAGGAGGUGCUACUUCGAGAGGAUGAGGUCAUGCCAGCAGUGUCUGCAGACCUGCUUUUACCUGGGCGAGGUCUAUCAGAUGACAGAGGGGAGACUAUGCCAGGUGCAUCUCCUUGACAACCGGAAACUAGAGCUGCUGGUUCAGCCUAAACUGUUGGCCCGCGAACUCUUGGAUUUAGUGUCCUCCCACUUUAACCUCAAAGAGAAGCAAUACUUUGGGCUCACAUUUAUUGAUGACACCGGCCAGUGCAAGUGGCUGCAGCUGGACCGCAGGGUUCUUGAGCAUGACUUCUCCAAGAAGUCUGGGCCUAUCUCACUCAACUUCCUGGUCAGGUUUUACAUCGAGAACAUAUCUCUCCUGAAGGACACCACUACAGUGGAGUUGUUUUUCCUCAAUUCAAAAACUGCCAUUUACAAUGGAGAUAUUGAAGUGGAAAGUGAAGUCGUCUUCAAGCUUGCAGCCCACGCCUUACAGGAGGCCAAAGGGGACUACACAAGUGAUGAGACCACUAGGACGGACCUGAAGAAGCUGCCCACUCUCCCCACCAAAGUGCUGAAGGAGCACCCGUCGCUUGCAUAUUGUGAGGAGCGUGUGAUUGAGCACUACAAGCUGCUGCAGGGCCUCACCCGGGGCCGGGCCAUAGUGCAGUAUUUGGCUUUAGUGGAGUCGCUGCCAACAUAUGGCGUCCAUUACUAUGAAGUCAAGGACAAGCAAGGAAUCCCAUGGUGGCUUGGAAUCAGCUACAAAGGAAUUGGUCAAUAUGACUUACAGGACAAAGUAAAGCCACGCAAGCUUUUCCAGUGGAAACAGCUGGAGAACCUCUACUUCCGUGAGAAGAAGUUUGCAGUGGAGGUGAACGACCCUCACAGGACUGUGACCAAGCGUACCUUUGGGCAGACGGGUUUGGUUAUCCACACCUGGUAUGCCAGCCACUCGCUGAUUAAAACCAUUUGGGUCAUGGCCAUUAGCCAGCACCAGUUCUACUUGGAGAGGAAACAGAGCAAAGCUAAAAUGAGCGCAGCGAGAAGUUUAAAUGACGUCGCCCAGGACCUCACAGAGAAUGGUGCAUCGAAGAUAAGCAAAGGUCAUUUGGGGAUAAAGAAUCAACUCAUCAUGGCCAGUAAUGGGAGCCUUGGAUCAACAGGUUCGGCAGACUCUGAAAUGAAUGACGACCAGAAGAAAGAGAAGAUAUCCGAUCUAAAGAAGAAGGAGAAGGACAUCCAGGAUUCCUUGCUCCAUAAAAUGAAGGAACUGAAGAAAAUCUGCCUAAGAGAAGCGGAGUUGACGGGCAGGCUCCCGAAAGAGUACCCACUGACCACCGGUGAGAAACCUCCACAAGUCAGACGGCGGGUCGGGACGGCCUUCAAACUGGACGACCUCUUCCCAUACAACGAGGACCCCUACCUGAGGAACUUGGAGAGCAGGUUUGCCCUGCAGCGGAAGAUCGUGGAGGCUGCCAAGAAGCUGGCUACAGAACUAGACCUCAACAAGACGGUGAAGAAGAAGAGGCGGAGGAACUGCCUGGACGCUAUGCAGAAGCUCCAGGAGAUCGAGGACGAGAUGAACCAGUACCGCAUCAAGAAAGGCAAGAAGCCCACCCAGAGAGCUUCUCUGAUCAUAGCAGAUGAGCUGGUGCCGUCGGAGUGCAGCUCCCUGUCUGAUAGCCUGCCGCUGGAUGAUGAUGACUCUGAUGGGGUUCAGAGGCCGCGGUCUCGCUCCGUGCAGUGUUCCCCUUACAUGAGCCCGCCGCCCUCCGCUGGUUUGGACUACGACCUGGAGAGGAGAGCUUCAGCCAGUGACCAGCAUCAGGACCGGGCUCUCAGCAGAUUAGAUUAUGACCUCCAGGACACGGGACAUUACUAUGGCUCAAGGGAAGUCUCGUCCACCCACAGCAGUCCUUACAAAACCAUGCCGAGGCAUCUGCGAGACGCCCGCAGCAUGCCCCAAACGCCCGUCAUGACCCGCAACGCUUACAGCAGCAGUCAGCUCAGGUCGGACGGGAACGUGCAGUGUUUCCGGCACCGCAGCGGCAGCCUUGAGUCCCAGUCGCACCUGCUACGAGAAAACGGCUCGGAGAAGCCCACCUUCACACUCUCGCCCGCCCGCCGCAGCAACAGCUCCGAGGCCCUGGACGACUGCUCCUCGUACACCAGCCUGUCCAGCGCCGACUACGCCCAGUAUCGCACCAUUGACCACCGCAUCUAUGACUACCGCCAGCACCGCAAGGUGGAGGUGUACGGCAACACAGGCAGCAUGCCCAACCUGGUCCACAACAACUCAGGCAGCGGCUAUGCCUAUCCUCCACCUAUGCAGUACGGACCCAUGGCUUACUACGUGGCUGGCUAUCCGUGCCAGGACUACGACCCCUACUCCAUUGGGGGCUACAUGUACGAGAACGAGCUGGAGGGCCACUACAACGUGAACCCCUCCUACCAGGCACACAGCUACGCGGCCCAGAGCAGCUAUCGGCACUACGGGGCCGAGGGGCCCAAAAGCUUGGCCCAGAAUCCUUACGCCACCAUGAGGCCUCCCCGGGGCCGGCAGGGGCCCCGCAACGAGCUCCUGGCCAAGAACAUGCAGAAGGCCCUGGUGGUGGAGCACCUCCGUGGCUGGUACCACCGCAGCGCCGUCCACAAGGACGUGGGCAGAAGCCUGAUAGGAGGGUACGACUACGAGAGGGGCUCGCAACACAGCCUGGGCUACCAGACCCUACCAGCCGCCUCUUUCAGCCACUCCAGCCGAACCACCUCCUACUCCUCAGUUUCCUCUGCAGCCAGUGGGGGAAGUAACUGGCGCAGUCACCUUGCUGUAGGCCUGACGGACAGUGAGCUGCUGGACAUGCCCCUGACCACACAGCCGUCCUACAGCGCCCCCUACAGCCGGAGCCCCACUCACAGCAGAUAUGCUACUGAGUCCAGGCGGGCGGAGUCAGUGAGUCUCACGUCUGAUACGGUGGAGGUGAUUGGUGCUACGGCCAGAUGUACCGAUGAGGAGCAUUAACAGAGAGCACAAAGGACAUAGAUCACAAGUGGAUUACACAUCUACUGCUGUUCUGAUCACAAGGUGAUUACACAUCUACUGCUGUUCUGAUCACAAGUGGAUUACACAUCUACUGCUGUUCUGAGGAUUCAGAGGUCCAAAGGCCUCACUGGUUUAAGGACAGCACAGGACAGCAAGAGCAACAGGAUCCGAAAUACACAGACACACAUGUAAAUGCACACACACAAACCCAGAAACUCAGAAAUGUAUACACACACACACACACACACACACACACACACACAUGCACACACACACUUAUGUGCCUUGGAUUGAAAUGCAGUUCAGCCCAGGGUAUCCAAAGAAACAUCCAUCCAAGCACUUGUAUUGAUAUUUGCAACUAGAGUGGAAUCAAACAGCACAUUUGGGGACAACUUCUGACUAUACAAAGACAAAACCAUAAGACAAUGCAAGUCCUUCUGCGAUGGAUAACUUUAACUCAAUGCGCACACAACCAUGCUGAAUGUCUGUGACAUGUUGAGUUUUCUCCCAGGGGUCAUAUGUUUUGUUGUUUUUCCAUCGUAUUUAUAAAAAUGUCAGUUUUUUAAAAAGACAAUGUCACCUCCAUGCAGCUCCAGGUGCUGAUCAAAAUGAUCGCAAAUCUGCGUUCUGGUCGAACUGUCAAUAAUAUUGGGUGGCAUCUGCUGACUUUAAUGGAAGGAUCAAUACGUUUUUUUCAAAGUACAGUGUUUAUUGUAGGUGUUUAAGUUAAGUGCGCUAUUUUUGUGAGCCAGUCAUUCUUAGGAUUUUGUCAUCUGUUGUCAUUGUUCUACGUUGAAGAGUCGGUGAUUAGUCCUCUGUGUUUUAGAGCUGCUCAUUAUGAAGCAGUAAUGAGGGAAUUUGCCAUGGUCCCAAAUGACAUACAUUGAGCCUUCUCCACUGCGCGCCUUUGUCCUGUGCUGGAAUACAUGGACUAGGUGCUUCCGUUACCCCCACUUUCUUUCUCUCUCUCUCGCUCUCUCUCUCUCUCUCUGACUUUCACACACAGUACUCUCUUUCCUCUCUUUCUUGGUCUAAAUAAGGAUUUUGAAUGUAAAUGUCAAUAAUGUUCAUAGUAUGUGUUUGUAUUUUGUUUUCUGUUGUGUGUGUUGAAAGUGGUAUUGAAAGCAUGUUAUGUACAGUGAUAUUUUAACAUUUGAUAAACAGGUUCUUGGCUGUUUCAUUUUUUUUUAGGACGACAGUGUUUGAAUUUAAAACAUGGAUGACAUUCAAGGUAACAGAGUAUGCCUGUCAUUUGGUAUCAUAGAUAUUUGUACAGCGUUCGGCCUUCAAAACUGUGUCAACACUUACAGGGAGAUACAUCUCUCCAAUUGACAAAUGGAGUGUGAAUAAAAAAAGUUGUCAGAGA